AUGUGUGCUCCAUACUCAACCUUUGUCUUGAAACGACGACACGAAACUCCGUUCUUUCCAGAUACAAGCCUGAUGAUCGGUCGUAGUAGUGUGGAUUCAGCCACUGGACGAGUUUCAUUAGAUGCAUUAGCGUCCACCACACAAACAAAUGCCAUCUUCACCAAUAGAAGUAUUGUAUUGAAUUCUUCUGCUUCACUCUUUGUAUCUACUGCACAAAACAUGAUGUUGCAUCAUGAUCGUUCUGCAGAAGUGCCUGAAUCCGUUCAUUUGCCUGUUGCUUCCUCUUCUUCAACAACGAAUUGUUGCUCCGACAUGGAAUCCCUUUCAUCGGAUGCAUCUGUGUCAAGUGUUGGAGAAUUAUAUUAUGAUGAAGAUGAAGAGAGCUUCAAUCAACAACAAACAAGAAUAUCAAUGGAUCAGACACGUAUUACGACAUUAUCCCCUCUGCAAAACUGUUUCAAUUUUGUGGCGACAAAUUUGGUAGAGAAUGAUUCUGAUGACUAUCCUGGAACUCUUCCGAUGAGUGUGCAUGAAGAUGGCGAAUAUUUGCAGUCGUUUUAUAGUGACAGCUUUUGUCGACCUUUCAAAAUAAGAGUUAGAAUUAGUGCAUUGAGCCAGAAACUUCCAAAAGGAAUUUACACAGACCUGGUAGAUUCAAUGACCCUGUUGACAAUUGUAAAGCCGUACAGUGUGUUUAGCACCAAUGCAAUAGUCAAGGAAGGAACGCAAAAUCAAUUCAUUGGAACUAUUUCAAAAGAUUUUAUCGUUUCCAACUUUAAAGUCAAAUCAAGCAAAAACACACUUCUAUUUAAAAUUCUUCACGAAAAGACAAAAAGUGAAACACUUCACUUUUAUUCGAUUCAUAACGCGACUAAGAAAGAAAAAAUUGGAAAAAUUAUUUCAAAGAAGAGUCAAGAAUUUUUCCUCGAUAUUCCACCAAAUUUGACUCCAGAAGAGAAAUCUUUAUUGAUUGGAUCAUUAAUGUUAAUUGUUUUUACCUUACAUGAAGACAAAAAAUCAAAGGAAUUUUUUCAGAAGAACGCAAAACAAAAAACAAAUUACAAAGGGGUUCAGGGAGAAACUCUCAAUGCAAGAAACUUAUGA